AAAAAGAGCCUUACGCUUCAGAUAAUGCCGCGUACUCAAAAAAUUAGCAGCUAAAAUAAGAUCAUACAAAACCGAUUGGUGCACGUUCACGAAAGCCUUGUUAACCCUAGGAAAUAGAUGUGGUUCGAGCUGUCGCUGAGAAUUUUAGUGUGAAGCUUUUCCUUUUGGUAUACCGAAACUUACCCCUCAAAUUUCAGAGCUCAUAUUCCAGGUACUUAAUUAUUCAUUCCCAGAAAAUUUCUUGUAAUUGGAGUUAAUGGGUGUUUGAAAAUUCAAUCUUUAUUACUCAGACAUAUGUAACAGAUAGGAAGAUUGUGAUGGAGAUAAGAAAGCGUUUGUUGCGUAGCUUUUUGCAAAAUUAUGUCUUUGGAGGAUGGUGUUUGAGAAGUUGUAAACACAGCUUUAAGCUUCCACUUAAACCCUAAAUAAGAGGGAAAUUAAGAUCAAGAUUAACAAUACUACAACAACAAAAACAUACUACACUCCGUCAGAGAGACGGUUUCUGAUAUACCCUUGAAACUAGUGAUUAACUGAUGACAAAUAGAGUGAAUGUAUGACUUGUCUUCUCUGUUUAGUAAUCCUUAGAUAUCCGUGAAACUCUUCUGCCACAAAUGUGUGUCUUUGUUAGUAGCAUAAAUAAAUAAAUACAAAAAAAUGGGAGCUGUAUCUAGUGACAUUUUAUAGUGGUUGAGUAAACUUUUAGCGAAAAUUGCUUAUCUGUUGGUCCUCUUUAUGUUGUUUUCCUACUUAUAUUAUCUGUUUAUUUAUCCUGUUUUUAACUUUGCUUACUUCUCUCUGCUUGUUCUCAUUGGUUUGCUUUCUUCUUUCUGGUGUUUAGAUCAAUAAGAAAUACUUCUACUUUAUAGGGAAUUAGAAAUAGGAAGAAUGGCUACUUUGAAUUAAAGAAAGAGGAAAAGUCGUUUCAGAAUCGAGCCUGAUUUAUUGAUGAUGAAUUUAAGGCCAUCGGAAUUGGAAAAUCAAAUAGUUUUGUCAUGUUUUUCGUUUUGAUUCCGCCCACCCAGUGGUAACAUUCAGAUAAUUUACUUCAAGCUGAUACUCCAUGUCUAACCGUCUGAGCACCUGAGUUGCAGGUUCACCAUACUGCGAUUUCACUGGUUUUAUUGUGUACACUCCUUAUUUGAGGCUCAAGACUAAAAAAUUGGUUGUAGAGAUGUACGUUGAGUGUAGCCUUGUGUAUGAACUUUCAUUUUUGGCAUAAUCAUAUUUGUUUCAGUUCAACUUUUGGUUGUUAAGAAGACUCUAAAUAGCCAAGAGAGUGACUUGGUUAGACAUUAGAAUUCCCAAGCAACCCUUAUCCUGUUUGAAAGUCAUUUUUCUUUAACUCAAAGCGUUACUCUCAUUUUGCUGCGUGCAUGCAGUCAGGUUUAACAAGGCUGACCAACUUUAAUGUGGUGUUCUUAUGGGUUUACGGAUUUGGAUUUUUGAGUUGUAUUAUGAAAUUGUUGGAGUUCUGAGUGGUUACAGUUGUGAGACUGUGUUGCACUAGCAUCUUCCAGUUACCAUUAUCUUUCUCCAGCAUGUGAGCUUUCAUUAAGGGUUCGUUCAAGGAAUAAGCAGUAUAAUACUGACUUAGAGUGUAUCAAGAGAAAAGCAGAGAAGAGUCUGGCAGUUUUAAGACCCAUAAUGCUGAAACUCUUUGAUUCUCAUUGUCACCUCCAAGAUCCAAGGAUCUUUAAUAUGGUCCCAAAAAUUAUUAAGACCACGACUGAAACAGGAGUUGUCCAUUUUGCGGUCAAUGGCGUGUCAGAGAAAGAUUGGCAUUUGGUAAAGGAAAUGAGUGAACGCUACCCUUCUAUUGUUCCAAACUUUGGGCUCCAUCCCUGGUUUAUAACUGAGAGAACUCCUAAUUGGCUGAAAACCUUGAGAGGAUUUUUGGAGUCUACUCCUGCUGCUGCAGUUGGAGAGAUUGGUUUAGAUAAAGGUUCAUUUGGAAGGAAGAUUGAUUUCGCUGAUCAGGUGGAUGUCUGUCGACAGCAGCUUCAACUUGCCAAAGAGUUGGAAAGACCAGCAUCCAUACACUGUGUUCGUGCUUUCGGGGAUCUUCUUGAAUUAUUAAAAUCUGCGGGGCCUGUUCCUGCUGGUUUCAUCCUGCACUCUUACCUCGGCUCUGCUGAAAUGGUUCCUGAAUUUGCUAAGCUUGGUGCUUACUUCUCCUUUUCUGGGUUCCUUAUGUCCAUGAAGGAAAACAAGGCGAAGAAAAUGUUGAAGUCAAUUCCUAAGGACAGGAUCUUGUUGGAGACAGAUGCACCAGAUGCUUUGCCAAAAUUAAGCAAUCCAGAUCCUCUGUAUUUAAUCGAGAAGGAAGCUUCAUCAGCUGAUGGACCAUCAAGUGGAGGAAUCAAUGAUGGAAAUCCAUCCGAGGAGGACAAAGGCAAUGAACGACAGGCAGAAGAAAUCUAUAACCAUACUGCAAACAUUCACCAUGUACUCUCCUAUGUUGCAUCAUUACUCGAGCUGACGAAAGAAGAACUUGCUGAGAUAAGCUUUGCAAAUGCUUCUCGGCUAUUUUCUUAUGAAGGUUCAAAGGUACUGCAAGAGGUCUUAAAAUGAUGUGCCAUGACAUGACUAUUGGUUUGCUAAGAAGAAAUGCUGCUUUAGUUUUGAUAUCUGCUAGUUAUACUUCAAUUAGUUCCUGUGUAUCAUGACUCAACUACUAUAAUUCAUUCUCAAAUGUUUCAUUGAUUCAUAAGUAUAUUUUUUCUAACCAUAUGUCCUCUAUCUUCUGCAACAGUUAUGAGGAGGCAGGAAUUGAAAAUUGUCAAUAAGCAUCACAGCCAAAAACAUUGUUAAUCUUUUGACAUUUGGGCUAACUUUAUGUUCAAACAUUUGUAUCAGUACAUCAAACUUCUUGGCUUAAGCUGUACCCACAAUCAUUGCAUUUGAAUCUGUUUCAUUUCAAUAAAAGCUGUUGCAAUUUUACUUU